AAUCAUAUUGUUUCUCUUCUACGUAUUCAAUUUAAGAGUCAAGAAGCACAAAGUUAUGUAUAUGGAAGGCACUGAAUCUUCAGAGGAAACCGCAAACAGAAAAACAUAAACCAGUCAGUGUGGAAAGUCAGAUCAAAAUGGGGAAAAAAGAAGGUUCAAAGAUGAACAUCGCCAUUAUACAUCCAGAUCUUGGAAUAGGCGGAGCAGAGAGAUUGAUUGUUGAUGCGGCGGUUGAGCUUGCGUCGCAUGGUCACAAAGUUCAUGUCUUCACCUCUCACCACGACAAAUCCAGAUGCUUCGAGGAAACUCUAUCCGGUAUCUUUCGAGUUACGGUGUAUGGCUCUUUCCUGCCACGGCAUAUUUUCUACCGACUACACGCAGUGUGUGCUUAUCUGCGGUGCUUGUUUGUUGCUCUCUGUGUUCUUUUGGGUUGGUCUUCGUUCGAUGUUAUACUAGCAGACCAGGUUUCAGUCGUAGUCCCAUUGCUGAAACUCAAAAGGUCAUCUAAGGUUGUUUUCUACUGCCAUUUCCCGGAUCUCUUGCUAGCUAAGCAUACAACAGCACUUAGACGGAUGUAUCGAAAACCCAUUGAUUUCAUCGAAGAACAAACCACAGGGAUGGCUGAUAUGAUCCUUGUUAACAGUAACUUCACGGCAUCAACAUUUGCCAGUACAUUUAAAAGGCUAAAUGCACAAGGAAAUCGCCCAGCUGUACUUUACCCAGCAGUCAAUAUCGAUCAGUUCAAUGAAUCCCAUACUUAUAAGUUGAAUUUCCUCUCCAUAAACCGCUUUGAGAGGAAAAAGAACAUCGAUCUAGCCGUUUCAGCUUUUGCUAUGCUAUGCAAACAUAAGCAAAAUCUGAGUGAUGUUACCCUUACCGUUGCAGGUGGAUAUGAUGAGCGACUGAAGGAGAAUGUAGAGUACUUGGAGGAGCUCAGAAGUUUAGCUGAGAAAGAAGGAGUUUUUGAUCGAGUUAACUUUAUCACAUCUUGUUCAACCGCUGAAAGAAAUGAACUUCUCUCAAGCUGCUUGUGCGUUCUCUACACGCCUACGGAUGAACAUUUUGGUAUUGUUCCAUUAGAAGCAAUGGCUGCAUACAAACCCGUGAUAGCCUGCAACAGUGGUGGCCCCGUGGAGACGGUAAAGAAUGGAGUAACAGGCUAUCUUUGUGAACCGACUCCAGAAGAUUUCAGUUCGGCGAUGGCUAGAUUCAUCGAGAAUCCUGAGUUGGCGAAUAGAAUGGGAGCUGAAGCCAGGAAUCAUGUCGUUGAAUCAUUCUCUGUGAAGACGUUUGGACAGAAGUUGAAUCAGUAUCUCGUUGAUGUCGUAUCAAGUCCUAAAGAAGAUUGAGAUUCCUCUGUUUAGCAAUCAUAGAUCGUUCGUUAAACAGCAUACUUUAGGCUUAGGUCUGAAACUACAGGGGCUUUAUUGUUGGGAUCAAUCAUGUUGAACAUGAAGAUUGGUUAAAUUUAGGUUGACAGUUUUGUUUUCGGUUUGGGUUUGAGGAUAAAUUUGAGGAAAUAAAAUCGAAUCAGUAAAUCUCA